AGUCUAUUUGAACCCCUAAUGUUUCAUAUAUUGGCAUGUUGCCACUUCUUUGCCUUUUCUUUUCACUCUCACUUGACAAAUCAGGAACUUUCAUCAAUGUCGCUGGUCAUUUGUGGAAAAGGAAAGACAAAUCCUAAUUUAAUCCGUCUAAAAUAUUUAUCUACUAUUAGGCAAUUUCAGUGACCGAUGUUUUUCUUGUCUACAUUAUGUUUGCUAGACUAAUUGAGCCAAAGGCUGUUGUGUUUCCAUGCGGGCCAAAUUGUGGCUGUGGACCUCAUUUUGUGAAUAGGAUAUCUCAGAGGGGGUCUAAGUAUCGACUAGAGGUAUUUCGAACCCUGAGGAUGUGUUGGGGUGUCAGAUCUUGGGACUCUAUACCUUCUGGAGCCCCGGUUUGUGAAUACAUUGGUCUGCUUAUGAAGACAGAUGAUCUGGACCCUGCUGCUGACAACAGUUAUGUUUAUGACAUUGAUUGCUACAUUUGCUUGCAAAAAAUGAAAGCACUGGAGGGAAGAAAGAGGCGACUGUGGGAUGCAGCUUUGCCAUCACACGUCGGAAAAGUUGAUGAUGAGUCAUCCGACAGCGUUCCAUUCUGCAUUGAUGCAGGCCAGACCGGUAAUAUCACUAGGUUCAUCAAUCAUAGCUGCCAACCCACUUUGUUCGUUCAAUGCGUGUUAAGCAAUCAUCAUGAUAUUAAACUUGCACGGUUUGUACUUGUUGCUGCUGACAAUAUGUUUUAA